AUGGAUCUCUCACUUCAACCAAACACCAAGUUUCCCACUGGUAGAAUCUUCAACCAGCUGGUGUAUUUGGAGAUACUUACAUAUGAACCAGGGUGGUGGAAUCUAUUGAUGCUCAUGCUCGAUACUUCUCCUAAUUUGCAAGUCCUCAAGCUCAAUCGUUAUUGGCCUAGGGACGAAGAUUGUGUGGCCUAUAAGAGAUGGAGUGAACCGAAAUAUGUUCCUGAAUGUUUGGUGAACCGUCUCGAGACGUUAGUUUGGGAAGAUUACGAAGGGGGAACAGAAGAAGAUGAUAGAGAGGUGGCUCAAUACAUCCUAAGGAAUGCAUGUCGUUUGGAAACGGCAACCUUCUCCAAUCGUGUCAUUAUUCCGGAGAAGAGACUCGAGUGGUUAAAGGAACUGGAGAGUGUGGUCAGGGCUUCCAACUCAUGCCAGCUUGUGUUCAAAGAAAAUGGUAUCAAAUGGAAUUUCUACAAACUUGUUACAUUACGUAAUAUAGAUGGAAAAUUAUACUGCUUGUAACUUAUGUUUUAUAUUAAUGAUCAGUAUAACAUAUGGAUGUCUUAAUUUAGAUAUACGAACCAUUGAAGAACGAUUUAAUUGAGAAUGUAUUUGCAAAAUUU